GCCUGGAUCCUGGGCACUUGCGCUUGCUGGAGGUAGGGACUGCAGCGUGGGAAAGAGCAAGCAGGAACAGACCGCUGCAGCCGCCGUUGUCGUGCAGCGCUCGCCGAGCUCUGCGCUACGCGGUAGACCACGGAGGGGAGGGGUGGGGGAAGAGGAGAAAAAGAAAAGUACCCAAGUGGGUAUUUAUUCUUCUUAAGCCUGCAUUGUGCAUCCUCCCCAUUCAACAAGAUGAAGCGACCUUGCGAGGAAACUACCUCAGACAGCGACAUGGAUGAGACGAUAGACGUGGGAAGCGAAAACAAUUACUCGGGGCAAAGUACGGGCUCUGUUAUUCGAUCAAAUUCUCCGACAACAACAUCUCAGAUUAUGGCCAGAAAGAAAAGAAGAGGGAUUAUAGAGAAAAGGCGCCGUGAUCGGAUAAAUAACAGUUUAUCUGAGUUAAGACGACUUGUGCCAACUGCUUUUGAAAAACAAGGAUCUGCAAAAUUAGAAAAAGCAGAAAUACUACAAAUGACAGUGGACCAUUUGAAGAUGCUUCAAGCAACAGGAGGUAAAAGUUAUUUUGAUGCUCAUGCCCUUGCCAUGGAUUUCAUGAGCAUUGGAUUCCGGGAAUGCUUAACUGAAGUUGCAAGGUACCUGAGCUCAGUGGAAGGUCUGGACACAUCGGAUCCUCUAAGAGUUCGACUUGUCUCUCAUCUCAGUACCUGUGCCUCUCAGAGGGAGGCAGCUGCCAUGACUAGCUCCAUGGCCCAUCACCAUCAUCAUCCCCUACACCCACAUCACUGGACGGCUGCUUUUCACCAUCUUCCUAAUGCCUUGCUUCAACAAAAUGGACUCCAUGCCUCAGAAACCACACCUUGCCGGCUCUCCACUGCAUCAGAAGUGCCUCCCCCUUCCCAUGGCUCAGCUCUUCUCACAGCCACUUUUGCUCAUGCCGACUCUGCACUUCGAAUGCCUUCCACGGGCAGCGUGGCUCCCUGUGUUCCACCUCUCUCUACUUCUCUCCUGUCCCUCUCUGCCACCGUCCAUGCUGCUGCCGCAGCAGCCACAGCAGCAGCUCAUAGCUUCCCCCUUUCCUUCACAGGAGCCUUUCCCAUGCUCCCACCAAAUGCAGCAGCAGCAGCUGCAGUGGCAGCUGCAACUGCCAUCAGCCCACCUUUAUCAGUGUCAGCAACUUCCAGUCCCCAGCAGACAGGUGGUGGAACAAACAGUAAACCUUACCGACCCUGGGGGACAGAAGUUGGAGCUUUUUAAUAUUCCCUGGAAGCUUUCUACUAGACUUUUGGCGGUAGUAACUGAAUGUCCUUCAUUUCAGAGUCAGCUUAAAGGCCUGCACCCUAACGGUAACAGCCAUGACAGAUGCUGGAAAAUCCACCAAGAAACAAAACACUGUUUUAGGCACAGAUCUCACAAGAAGAAAUGAUAUUAUCUUUUUUUCUUCUUUGUUUUUGCUUAAGGCGUCUUGUUAGCCAACAUCGGUGAGCUUUUGAGAAUGUCACGCUCUUGUUACCUUUUCAAAGUUUAUGAGGGAAAUAUACCUAUCCCUGAGAUAAUUGUCCAGCUAUUCAUCUUCUCGUAUGUGUGUUGGGGAAGAAAAUACUCCCUGGAAUUCUCUCCCAAGGCUGGAUGAAAAAUACGCUAUUUCAAGUUUCAUAAGUGCCUGAGUUAUUCAAUAUUUUCUUCAGAAAGAAAUAGCAUUGCACAAGAAAAUAAGGUAGAGAGGUAUGGGUUAAGAAAUAAGAAGGGAGGGAGUACUGCAUUAGGCUAACAGACAUUUGAUACAUUUCCAGGGAAGAGUGCACUGUUAAAGCCAACAGAAUUAUUUAGCUAAAAAGGGGUUACUGAGAAAUAAUUUUCAGGUUGAAAGGCCUAGUUUUAUCUUACCUAGUUUACUUUCUUUGUACAGACUUGCCAAGUGGUGACAUCUAGCAUAGCAUUGGUAUAAGCAAUUAUCCUAUCAGUGCUUGGAUUAACAAACAAUUCAGCACCACUUGCAAGCCUUCAGGCGCUUUUUUAAAAAUUGGCUUAAAUUUUGAUGCUUCUUCAUAGUGCACCUAUAUAUGUGUGUAUAUACACACACAGACAUAUUUUUAUGUGUGUGUGUGUGUGUGUAAGUGUAAUGGCCUACUAAGUGCCCACUGGAGGAUAUUUGAUUCAUGCCAAUACAAAAAAAAAAAAACUCCUUUGGAAGAUGUUAAAUUAACUUAUUUAGUUGCAUUUGGACUAUUUUUAUAUAUAUAUUAUAUAUACUUUUCAUUGCCUCCUGAUAACAUGCAAAAUUUUAUUCUGUCACUUUUGAGGGAGAUUGUAACUUCUGGGAUGACAGAUGAUGAGAUGGAUAGGGAGCAUUAGGAAAAGAAAAGGCACUAUUUUUUUUAAAAGUUGCUCUUUCCCAAAUUCACUAAUAUCAUUUGAUUCCAAACCAAGAUGAAUGUAUUAAAUGUGAUGCCAGUAAAUUAUUUUAUGUCCAUACCCAAACAAAUAGUGCUACACAAUGGUGUUUUGGUUUGUUUUUGCUUUUGUUUUAUGACAUAAAAUAAUCUCUUAAUACAUUGAAUCAAGCACGUGAGAUUUUAUGUUUUGGAAAAUAAAGACACAGCAUGUAUUAUGCACUUGAUUUCUCUGCUGUGUGGAGAAAGCAAUAAACAUUAUGAGAAUGUUAAACAUUAUGCAAAAUAUACUUUAAAAUAUUUGUUUUAAAAAUACUGUACCUAGUCUUGUUUUUUUGCAUUACUUUGUAACUUUUUUCUAUGCAAAUGUCUUUACAUAUCACUAAUUAAAUGAAUUCCUUUUUUGACUGUUGUUAUGGAUGAAUUGAAAUUGUUUCCCACUGCAGAAUGGAAAACCUAGGUAGAUUGAAAAUUAAGACUACUUUCCCUAACAAAUUUAAGCUAAGACUUUUCCUCUUUCUAAAUCUUUUUUUAGCUCAUUCUUGUCGCGAUUUGUUUGAACCUUAAAAAUUCUAAGCCUACCUAAUAAUUUACUUCUUAGGCUCUUAAAUUCUGGGACUGAUAUGACAUUAUUGUGAAGAAUGAAUCAAUUCUUUCUAUUGUUAUUCCUAUUUCUCUGGAAAAGAUGUAUGGUAGGCAUCUCUUCUUAGAAAUAAGUUGCAAAAAUGGAUCUAAAUAAAAAUAACCAAUUAAAAAUAA